GGAUGGGAGUGGAGCAUGGUAGCAUCUGGAGUUUUCUGACUUUUCAGACCCUUGUACUGGUUGCCUGAGAUCACACCAUUUUUGAGAGGCCACUUAGAUAAAUGUUUCUCAAACUUGGGUCCCCAGCUGCAACUCCCAUCAUCCCUGACCGCUGGUCCUACUAGCUAGGGAUGAUGGGAGUUGUAGUCCAACAACAGCUGUUUGAGAAACACUGACUUGGAUGCUAGCUGGCUGGCAACCCUAAGGCAUUGACAUUGCUUAAUAUAGUACAAUCGAGGGGAAAUGUGUCUGGAAGUUAUUAUAUAGCAGUCCUGGAGUUCAUGGCUCCCAGCUUUUUAAAACCUGCCAGCUCUCGCCUAAAGAGCAGGGGAAGUUGAACAUUUAAGUUGGCUAGCACUUGUCCUACUUGGGCUGGAUGCUGGACCCCGCAGAGAAGGCAACAAGGUCAGGGGUUGGUGUACCUUGGAUAGCUCUGACAGAAGCUGAGAGUUGACUCAGCCUUUUAAAGAUUCUGGUUCUAGGCUACCUUGCUCAGGUGCCACUCCCUGGUGGCUAACUUUAGGUUCUUAAAGGGCCAACCCUCUGAUCAGAGGAUGGGCACUCCUGCUGGCAUGCUCCCUGAACCGCAGGACCAUUUAGGUCCACUUGGAGGCAUUUGGUUCCUCAGUGCCUGUGGAGUCUGAGCUCUGGCCCUACAGAUAUGGGAAGUUCUUCUGGGGGCUCAUGUUCACGAGGCUGUUGUCCCCUGAUCACCAGAAGCAAGCUCGGAGCCCUGCCCCUGGUCUGGCUCCAUAGCUGGAGACUCUGCAACCUCUAAGUCCAAGUCCUAACUGGAGAUGGACUCUGGGGUUAUGACACCACUGCUGCUUGGUUUGGCUUAAUGAAGCAAAAUCCUUCUUUGUGAGGUGCUCUCCGAGGUCCUGGAAAGCCUACCCUCAUUGUUUCCUACAUGAACUGGACUUUCCUCAGCUCCCUGUAGCCUUUUCAUGUGGCUGGGGAAAGGAGAUAUGCUGUAACCGGGCCAGCAUGUGAGCUUGUUGCAUAUACAGUUCAGCGACACUGACAUAAUAUUGUUUCUGUGAUGCAUAAAAUAUAAUGUGCCUGCACUCCCAUCUCACAUGCGGGAUCAGAUGCGUGACAUCCCUUUGUCCAAAUACCAGUGCCAGUUCAUUCUUCUAUAGAUACACAUGGGAGGCCAAUGGGACACUUCAUUACAAUUUCACCAACCUAGAUAACUUCAUGGAUCUUCUUUGGGAAAACAAGCUAUGUCCAGGAUUCGAAUUGAUGGGAAGUCCCUCAGGAUACUUCACUGACUUUGAAGAUAAAAGGCAGGUGAUACAAUGGAAGGACCUGGUUACACAGUUGGCUGAAAGAUAUAUAGAACGUUAUGGAUUGAAGCAUGUUUCUAAAUGGAAUUUUGAGACUUGGAACGAGCCAGAUCACCAUGACUUUGACAACGUAUCCAUGACAGUUAAUGGAUUUCUCAACUAUUAUGAUGCUUGCUCUGAAGGUUUAAGACAAGCCAGUUCUCAGCUGAAAUUUGGAGGUCCUGGAGACUCCUUCCACCCAUUCCCAAAGUCCCCGAAGUGCUGGAGCCUCCUGUGUCACUGCCACAAUGGAACUAAUUUCUUUACAGGAGAGACUGGCAUCCGGCUAGACUACAUUGCCAUGCAUAAGAAGGGAGCUGGGCGGUCGCUGUACAUCUUAGAACAAGAAACUGAAGCAGUGGGACAGAUCCAGAAGCUCUUCCCCACGUUCACCUCUGUGCCUGUAUACAACGACGAGGCAGAUCCGCUGGUGGGAUGGUCCGUUCCGCAGCUGUGGAGAGCGGAUGUCACCUAUGCGGCCAUGGUGGCUAAGGUUGUCGCCCAGCACCAAAACCUGCUGCUUGCUCAAGCCAACAACACCGUCAACUACACUUUGCUGAGCAACGACAACGCGUUUCUGAGCUACCAUCCCUAUCAGUUCACGCAGAGGACCCUGACGGCGCGCUUUCAGAUGAACAACACCAAACCGCCGCAUGUCCAGAUGGUGAGGAAGCCAGUGCUCACGGUGAUGGGCUUGCUGGCUCUCCUAGGAGAGGAGCAAGUCUCUGCCAACAUCUCCAGCCAGGAAUCGGAAGACUCUGACACUCUUGGAGUACUAGCCAGUGUGCACAGACCUCGAGAGCAGCCACCAGACAGCUGGCAGGCCUCCGUGUUGAUCUAUGCCAGCAAAGACAAUGAGACAUCUUCCAACGUCAGUGCUGUGACUCUAAACAUCACCAAUUACCCCAAACGCAAAGGACUUGUGUACAUCACUUACUACUUGGAUAACUACCUGACCAACCCGUAUUUGCAGUGGAGGAAACUGGGAGCUCCAGAUUUUCCUUCCCCGAAGCAACUGGAGCAGAUAAGAGCUGCUGAGGACCCUGUGGUGAAAGGGCCAUUUUCACUCCCAGCAAAAGGCAGCUUGGUGCUGAAACAAGAGCUCCCAGUUCCAUCCGUCUUCCUCGUCCACAUCUGUGCAAAGCCUCUCGCUGCUCCUGAUCAGGUGAAUGGUGUUCGCCUCAUCCGUCUCACAAAGGGACAAGUUUUGGUGGUGUGGGAUGACAGCUGUGUGAAUUCAAAGUGCCUGAAAAAAUUUGAAGUGUUUUUCUCACAGGAUGGAAAAACAUUCCGCCAAAUCAGUGUCAAAGACAGUAUAUUUACAGCAUUGGUCUACAGCCCAGAAACAACCGUCUCAGGGUUUUACAAAGUGCGAGCUGUGGAUUACUGGGGCAGAGCGGGGCCGUUUUCUCUCCCAGUGUACUACAAUGAAGCAUCUUAAGAAAGGCCAAGAGCACCUCAAAGGCAAGCCAGAACUUACAGAAUUAGACUUGCACUUUGUUAGGCUACAAGUCCUUAAAGCAGUGGUUCUUCAUACUCUUUAAGAAAUUCCCCCUCACAGUGCCCAGAACAACUUGACUUCCAGUGUGUCAGAGGAGAAAUGAGGAGAGCGACUGGAAGCCACUCCAGAGCGCCAAAAGUUUUGUUUUCAAGACAUAAAUUUGAAAAAUAAAGUAGCACCCUAAGGCAGGCAACAGAACUGCCUCCCCCCACAACCCAAGGGACGCCAGCUGCUGAUGUAAGCACUUCUUCAAGCCCCUGCAGUAACUAGUUUCGAGAGUCAAAUGGAUUAGAAAAAAAGAAAAGUGAAUGGGCUGGAACAGGGGCCGGCAAACUACGGCCCGCAGGCUGGAUCUGGCCCAAUUGCCUUCUGGAUCCGGCCCGUGAACGGUUCCACCCCCCCCCCAAUUUUUUUCAGGCACCAUUUUUUUGCGACCCCCCCAACUACAUCUCCCAGCAUGCUCCAAGGUUGCUCAGACUUCCGUGACACUGGCCAAUCCAAAGCCUAAGCAAUCUCAGGCCUCCCCUCCACUGGUCGGUUUGAUGCAAGCUGGCGGCCAAUGGUAACCCUUCCUGAGACUCACUGCUCCAAUUGGGGUGAGGCGCAGGGCAGGGCGCCUUGUUGAUGUCUUGCUCCGAGGAGGAGGAGAAGCGAAGGGGCAGGAAGAAGUGGGAGCAGAGAGCCUGCAAGGAGGAAGAGGAGGAAGACUCUUCUGUGCUGCCUGGCGGUGGCACAUUGGCAACAUGGCCGAGACCCAGCACCAGUGGGGUGCCCCCUCCCCAGCCCAGCCCAGCCUGCUCCAUCUGAAUGCGGUGAGUGGAGGUAUCUCAGUCGCUCUGUCUCUGAGGGAAGUAGGGAAGGCGUGUGCCCCAUCUGGUCCACCACAAGUUCUGAGGGACAGUGAACCGGCCCCCCACAGAAAAAGUUUCCUGACCCCUGGGCUGGAAGAAUAGCAUUCUGGGAAAUGUGCUCAGGAGUGGGAAGAUAGCAAGUGCCAAUCUUUUUAAGAAUUUGGUUUUAGAAGUAGGUUUGUAUUUUCUAUGCUUGCGCGAAACAAAAAGUUGAUUAAAGGCACUCAUGUUGAGCUUGGAUGCUACAUGCAAUUUUUGGAAUCUCUCAUUUGAAUAAAGAUCUGCUAUAUAUUU